AUGACGACUGAGAAAAAAAAAAAUUUUCAAGCUAACACAAUCUUUAAUCCAUUUGACGAACUUCAAGCUCGAGCUCAAGCAGCGGCUGCAUUAGCUGAAAUUGAUGUUAAAAACGUUAAUAUGACUACCGGUGGAGGUGUUCUUCGACCAACGCACGAUAUGUUCACCAACUAUCAUGCCGCACCACUUUUGCCAUCAUCGUCUGGAGAUUUUGAUACAUCGUCUGUAUCACAACCAUCAUCGGUCAUUGAUGCCACAAUGAACCAUACUGCAGAUUCAAUGGCAUCAUUACAUGUAAUGGCGAUGCAGCAUUAUCCUGCAGCACAGUUCCAUCAGUAUCCAAUGGCCACGCCAUUUGCAACUGCAACAGCUGUUGUCGGUUCGCCAAGCGCAUCUUCUGUAGCACAAUAUCCGCUUGGUACUUCCUCAACCGCCCUGGAUACAGAUCCACGUGAACUAGAAAGAUUUGCUGAACAUUUUAAACAGCGCCGGAUCAAAUUAGGUGUUACACAGGCAGACGUCGGUAAAGCAUUGGCACAUCUGAAAAUGCCUGGUGUUGGCUCAUUAAGUCAGUCAACAAUAUGCCGAUUCGAGAGUUUAACUUUAUCCCAUAACAAUAUGGUUUCACUAAAACCAAUCCUACAUUCUUGGCUGGAUAAGGCUGAAGAAGCAAUGAAAUCAAAAGAUGUUGCCGGUGAUACACAGGGAAUUUUGCCGAAUACAGAUAAAAAACGAAAACGAACAUCAAUUGCAGCACCAGAAAAACGUCUUCUGGAAGAUUACUUUAGACAACAACCACGGCCAAGCGGUGAACGUAUAUCGGCAAUUGCUGAUAAAUUGGAUCUGAAGAAAAAUGUUGUACGUGUUUGGUUUUGCAAUCAACGGCAAAAACAAAAAAGUUGCUGUUCCUUUCUUACUUGCCAACUUCUUAAAGUUAAGUAG